UGUCCAAAUACGUGUCAGUGAGAUUCAAGCCAAGUCGUACCUCCAGCGAAAUGAGCAACGCAAGAAAGCCUCACCCGGUUCCCUUCACCGUGGAGGGGUUGCCGGAACGAGAAAUCUCUCAGUUACGGGCCUGGGGUUUCCGGAGCCACGCAGAGGUCGUCCGGACUAACCCUUCCCGCGUCAACCUUCGACCUGCAUUCUCCCACUUGGCCCAUGCCUACUACAACUUCGAAUUCCGACCGGACGACCUCGUGCUCGCGACCUACCCCAGGAGCGGGACCACCUGGGCGUCGGAGAUCCUGUGGGCCAUGAGGAACCUCGGUCGCUUGGAGCAGGCCGACGAAGCUGCGAACGGCGACCGCACGAUGUUCAUUGAUAUGGAUUUCCUGAUGCCUUCCCGGGCGGAAGAUGACAAUCCUAAGGUAAAGGAGUUCCUCACACUUUUCCCCGAAGGCCGCGUGGAAGAUGGGGUCGUCCUUCAAAUGGCAAAAUGUCAUAAGGGUCCUCGGAUCAUUAAGACGCACUUGCAGAUCGACCUUCUCAACCAUGACCUUCUCGACACGUGCAGGACGGUGUACAUCGCGCGCAACCCCAAGGACGUGUGCGUGUCCCUCUUCCACCACGGGAAGAUCAGUAAGAUGGACGCCUUCGAAGGAGAGUUCUCCGACUUUGCUGAAGCCUUCAUGGCCGACCAGGUGAUAUAUGGCCCUUACUGGGACCACGUCAAGCAGGCCUGGAAGCUGAGAGACCACGCCAACCUCCAUUUCAUGUUUUAUGAAGACAUGAAGCUUGACAUCAUUGGCGAGCUUAGGAAAUUGGCCAGGUUCCUGCAGCUGGACUUCACCGAUGAGCAGCUGAAGACCAUCUCUGAGCACGCGAGUUUCGGGCGCAUGAAAUCCCGGCACGAGCGGGAGGCGUCCGGCCGCAACCACACGCCGGGCUUCUUCCGCAAGGGCCAGACCGGGGACUGGGAGAACGCUGCUUCCGGGGAGCUCACGGCCGCCAUGGACAGGUGGAUCUCAGACAAUUCGCAGGACACUGAUAUUGUGUUCAAAUACACGUGAUAGAUAUGGAUAAAAUAUACGCAUAUUCAUACACACAUAUAUAUGUGACUGAAUACGCGCGCGCGCGUGUAUGUGUGUGUGAAAUAUUUCUGACAUAUAUAGGUAUCAAUGUAGAAAUGCACAUGUACAUUGAGCAAAACAUGUAUUGUAAUCUGAAUAAUUAUAUGAUUUUGUUAAAUCUGUGUUGAUACACCGUUUGUAGAAUAAUUGUUGAUGUUAACCAAUACAUUUUUUUUAUAUCAU